GGGAGCCGGGGCAGCGCCAUGAGCGAGCUGUACGAUGUGGUGGUUGUUGGGGGCGGCAUCUCAGGUAUGUCAGCUGCCAAGCUGCUGGCUGAAUCUGGGCUUAAAGUUGUGGUUCUAGAGGCCCGUGGCAGAGUUGGAGGAAGGACUUUUACUGUUCGGAACGAGCAGGUUAAAUAUGUAGAUGUUGGUGGAGCAUAUGUAGGACCUACACAAAACCGAAUCCUCCGAUUGGCCAAGGAACUGGGUAUAGAGACGUAUAAAGUGAAUGUAGCAGAGCGUCUUAUCCAUUAUGUGAAGGGAAAGUCCUACCCAUUCCAGGGUGCAUUCCCUCCAGUAUGGAAUCCCAUCACUUACCUGGAUUAUAACAACCUCUGGAGGACAAUGGAUGAAAUGGGGAAAGAGAUCCCUGCUGAUGCACCCUGGGCAGCCCCACAUGCUGCGGAAUGGGAUAAAAUGACUAUGAAAGAACUCACUGACAAAAUUUGCUGGACCAAAACUGCUAGAGAGUUUGCUACUCUUUUUGUGAACAUCAAUGUCACCUCUGAGCCACAUGAGGUCUCUGCUCUCUGGUUCCUGUGGUACGUGAAGCUGUGUGGAGGGACAACCAGGAUAUUUUCCGUAACCAAUGGGGGACAGGAGCGGAAGUUUGUUGGGGGUUCUGGUCAGAUUACGGAAAGGAUAAUGGAACUCCUCAAAGGCAGAGUUAAACUUGAGAGCCCUGUAGUCCGCAUUGAUCAGUCAGGUGAUAAUGCCAUUGUGGAGACUCUAAACCAUGAGCGCUAUGAGGGCAGAUAUGUGAUUAGUGCCAUCCCCCCAGGCCUGACUACAAAGAUCCAUUUCAACCCAGAACUACCAUCAGAGAGAAACCAGUUAAUUCACCGUCUUCCUAUGGGUUCUGUCAUUAAAUGCAUGAUGUACUAUAAAGAAGCCUUCUGGAAGAAGAUGGAUUACUGUGGCUGCAUGUUAAUUGAAGAUGAAGAAGCUCCAAUAUCAAUAACCUUAGAUGAUUCCAAACCUGAUGAAACUGUGCCUGCCAUUAUAGGUUUUAUCCUUACAAGAAAGGCCUAUAGACUGGCAAGUGUCAGCAAAGAAGAUAGGAAGAAAAAAAUCUGUGAGCUGUAUGCCAAAGUGAUGGGCACAGAGGAAGCUUUAUAUCCAGUGCAUUAUGAAGAAAAGAACUGGAGUGCAGAACAGUAUUCAGGGGGUUGCUACACAGCCUACUUCCCACCAGGCAUCAUGUCUCAAUAUGGAAGGGUCAUUCGCCAACCUUUCCACAAGAUCUUCUUUGCUGGCACGGAGACAGCUACCCAGUGGAGUGGGUACAUGGAAGGGGCUGUGCAGGCAGGAGAGAGAGCAGCAAGAGAGAUAUUGUACCGUAUGAAAAAGAUCUCAGAGGGUGAAAUCUGGAUGCCUGAGCCAGAGUCGAAGGAUGUCGUAGCCCUGCCAAUCACUACUACCUUUUGGGAAAGAAACUUGCCCUCUGUACCAGGACUGCUGAAGCUCGUUGGAUUUUCCACUCUCUUAACUUCAGUGGCUGCAGUGGGGUUGUUUACCUACAGAAAGGGGCUCCCUGCUCAAAACUAGAGUGUCCAUGGGAAGCUGCACACUUGCUGUUUUCCCCUUCCUAAUCCAAGGGUUCUCUUUGGAGAGGAGUCACCCGAAAGGCUGGAAAAAGCAAGGGGCCUUCUUUAGACGUUCGUUUGAAGACCCGCAUUAACUACUAAAACCAUUCAAAUCAGUGUCGGUUAAACAACAAACAGAUCAAUUAUGACGAAAAGUGACAUUUCUAGUUUCCUUCUACUUAAUUUGUCUUGAUUGACAGCAUAAAAUCAAUUACAUAUAUUUCCGACUAUCUGGAGGGGACAAACCAGAGCAGAAGCUUUGCAAAGGGCAAGAUGCCUUUGGAUAAUACAUUUUCUUCCAUUUGCUGUUGUAUUGUUUUAAAUCAAUUCUUUGUGCCGAGGCUCAGUAAGUUAGGCAGCUCUUCUGUAAAAUCCCUGCGGCACAGAAGACUGACAAGCCAAUCUGCCUUAGAACAGCAGAAGUAAAUUAAAAACAUGUUUGAUGAAUUAUUAGAGAUACAGAACUUCACCAUGAGCUGAAUGAAUAAAGAUAAUUAGCACUACAAGCCCCAUAGCUCAGUUCAGCCAAAAAAAAGGGGAUGCGGAUGUACUUUUUGACUGUGAUAUUGAACAAAUGGCUAUACUUGUUUAACAGUGGAGAUCUGUAGCUAAGUUGUGCCUCUUGAAAUAAGGGAUAAGGGAUCUUUCGGAAAAGGCUUUAUUUUUCGAAAGAUCAGCGUCUAGACUGGCGCUUUUCUCCGACAAAGCUCCUUGCAGAAAAAAAGCGGCAGCCAUUUUUAUGCUAAGGAAGCACGGGAGAUUUAAAUCCUCGCUUCAUUAGCAAUUGCGAUACGUCUACUUUACAUCCCUUUUUCGGAAAAGGGAUGUAGUCUAGACGUAGCCAAUGAGUUAAUAGUGCUUCAGGCCUGAUCCUGAAAUCAUUGAAAUCAGUGGGCGCAGAUGCAGGCCCUGAAUGAACAUUAAUCCACGCCUCUUGGCAAAACUGAAUCAGUGCUGUCUUCUUAUACCUAAUAAAACCACACAGCUGCUUUCUGCAAUUCUCUCAUGUUGAAUGAUGUGCUUGGAGAAGCCAAAGUGUGUCCACUGAUUAAAUUAAUUAAGUGUCUACAACUUUUCUGCAAGUGCUGGGUUAUAGUUGGUGUGGUGUGUUCUCCAAAUGUAUUAACCAAAUAAUCACUGUUAUUAACUGAAAUGGAAUAUAUACAUUUCAAAAUGUGCCACUGUUAUUAACUGCUUUUGAGAAUGUGAAUAUUGUAUGUACGUCAUGGAAUUCUAUUGUAAUUCAACAGUAGUGAAAUGUGCCUUUAAAUAUUCCUCAAAUCUUGAUAAAAGACUCAUUUUGUAAACCUUU